AUGGAAAGAUCUGAAGUGCUUCAGGUUUCUCCAUGGAGAGAUGGGGAGAACAGAGAAAAGGUCUGCAAAGGGGCUUCCGGAGAGCUGAUGUCGAAACUAUUCCACGCGUGGGCACAAGCCGACCUCGGCGGAGGCGCAAGAAGGGGCAGAACCGGAGGCUUCGCGGGGCGGCGGGACGCGUCUCCCUCCGAGCUGCGGGCGGGGCCCCGGGCGCCCACGAGCGGAGACACCGUGCGCAUGCGCCACGGCGCUCCCGGGCCGCCGCACGGCCGCUGUGCGGGCCCGAGGGCGGGACUUCCGGUCUCCCCCCGCCUCGCUGGCCGCUCUUCCGGAGGGCUGGGGGGCGGCUUGGCCACGACUGCCCCGGGGGCGCGCAGCGGAGGUGGCCGCAGGGCGUCCGCGGCCGAGCCGGUGUCCCGCCGGGCGGCUUCUGGAGAGCGGGGCGCGGGGGGCUGUGUGACCCCCAGCCCCGGCCUCGUGGUCAGGAGCUCGGCGUCCGAGGGUGCCCUUGCCCAAGAGGGGUCGGCUCGGUCGGCGGGGGGCGCGGGCUCUUACCCUUCUCGCUCGGGAUUCCUGGGAAGGUCGCGAUGGCCCGCCUCGGGGGGCGGCCCGCGGGAAACCUGCGUGGGACCGGUGGGACCGGUGGCCUGGCCCGGCCUGCGUUGCUUCCGACCGCGUGUGGGGGCGUUGCUGGCCCCGUCUCCAAAGAAAGGCCCAGCCUCCAAAAGGCCCAGUCUCCAGAAAGCCCAUUCUCCAAAAGAAAGGCCCGGUCUAAAAGGCCCAGUGUCCCAAAGAAAGACCCAAACUCCAAAAGCCCAGUCUCCAAAAGAAAGACCCAAACUCCAAAAGGCGAAGUCUCCAAAAGAAAGGCCCAGUCUAAAAGGCUCAGUGUCCCAAAGAAAAACCCAAACUCCAAAAGGCGAAGUCUCUAAAAGAAAGACCCAGACUCCAAAAGGUCAAGUCUCCAAAAGGCCCAGUCUCCAAAAGAAAGACCCAAACUCCAAAAGACCCAGUGUCCCAAAGAAAGACUCAUUCUCCAAAAGAAAAACCCAAACUCCAAAAGGCCAAGUCUCCAAAAGAAAGACCCAAACUCCAAAAGGCGAAGUCUCCAAAAGAAAGGCCCAGUCUCCAAAAGGCCCAGUGUCCCAAAGAAAGACCCAAACUCCAAAAGGCCAAGUCUCCAAAAGAAAGACCCAAACUCCAAAAGACCCAGUGUCCCAAAGAAAGACUCAUUCUCCAAAAGAAAGACCCAGUCUCCAAAAGGCCAAGUCUCCAGAAAGCCCAUUCUCCAAAAGAAAAACCCAAACUCCAAAAGGCCAAGUCUCCAAAAGAAAGACCCAAACUCCAAAAGGCGAAGUCUCCAAAAGAAAGGCCCAGUCUCCAAAAGGCCCAGUGUCCCAAAGAAAGACCCAAACUCCAAAAGGCCCAGUGUCCCAAAGAAAGACCCAUUCUCCAAAAGAAAGACCCAAACUCCAAAAGGCCCAGUCUCCAAAAGACGCAAACUGGCAGAGGGCAGAACAGGGGUACCAUGCCAUCCUCACUCACGUGUGUCUCCACCCUCUUCGUUUCCCCUCCUCUUCAUCUUCUGCUGUUCAUCUGACGGAUUACAACUGUGAUGACCCACUAGCGUCCCUGCUGUCUCCAAUGGCUUUUUCCAGUUCCUCAGACCUCACUGGAAGUCACAGUCCAGCUCAACUCAACUGGAGAGUUGGAACUGGUGGUUGGUCCCCAGCAGAUUCCAACGCUCAACAGUGGCUCCAGAUGGACCUGGGAAACAGAGUGGAGAUUACAGCAGUGGCCACGCAGGGAAGAUACGGAAGCUCUGACUGGGUGACAAGUUAUGGCCUGAUGUUCAGUGACACAGGACGCAACUGGAAACAGUACAAGCAAGAAGACAGCAUCUGGACCUUUGCAGGAAACAUGAAUGCUGACAGCGUGGUGCACCACAAGCUACUGCACUCAGUGCGAGCCCGGUUUGUUCGCUUUGUACCCCUGGGAUGGAAUCCAAGUGGAAAGAUUGGCAUGAGAGUUGAGGUCUACGGGUGUUCUUAUAAAUCGGAUGUCGCUGACUUUGACGGCCGAAGCUCGCUUCUGUACAGGUUCAAUCAGAAGCUCAUGAGUACUCUGAAAGAUGUGAUCUCCCUGAAGUUCAAGAGCAUGCAAGGAGAUGGAGUCUUGUUCCACGGAGAAGGUCAGCGUGGAGACCACAUCACCUUGGAGCUCCAGAAGGGGAGGCUUGCCCUGCACCUCAACUUGGAUGACAGCAAAGCGCGUCUCAGCAGCAGCCCACCCUCGGCCACCCUGGGCAGCCUCCUGGAUGACCAGCACUGGCACUCAGUCCUCAUUGAACGGGUGGGCAAGCAGGUGAACUUCACUGUGGACAAGCACACACAGCACUUUCGGACCAAGGGCGAGACAGAUGCCUUGGACAUCGACUAUGAGCUUAGUUUUGGAGGAAUUCCAGUACCGGGCAAACCUGGGACCUUUUUAAAGAAAAAUUUCCAUGGAUGUAUCGAAAACCUUUACUACAAUGGAGUAAACAUAAUUGACCUGGCUAAGAGACGAAAGCAUCAGAUCUAUACCGGCAAUGUCACUUUCUCCUGCUCCGAACCACAGAUUGUGCCCAUCACAUUUGUCAACUCCAGCGGCAGUUAUUUGCUGCUGCCCGGCACCCCCCAGAUCGAUGGGCUCUCAGUGAGUUUCCAGUUUCGAACAUGGAACAAGGAUGGUCUGCUUCUGUCCACAGAGCUGUCUGAGGGCUCAGGAACCCUGCUGCUGAGUCUGGAGGGCGGAAUCCUGAGGCUCCUGAUUCAGAAAACGACAGAUCGCGACGCCGAAAUCCUCACAGGCAGCAAUUUGAAUGAUGGCUUGUGGCAUUCGGUCAGCAUCAAUGCCAGGAGAAACCGCAUCACUCUUACCCUGGAUUACGAGGCAGCCUCCCCGGCUCCGGACACCACCUGGGUGCAGAUUUAUUCUGGAAAUAGCUACUACUUUGGAGGGUGCCCCGACAGUCUCACCGAUUCCCAAUGUUUAAAUCCCAUUAAGGCUUUCCAAGGCUGCAUGAGGCUCAUCUUUAUUGAUAACCAGCCCAAGGACCUCAUUUCAGUUCAGCAAGGUUCUCUGGGGAAUUUUAGUGAUUUACACAUUGAUCUGUGUAGCAUCAAAGACAGGUGUUUGCCAAACUACUGUGAACAUGGAGGACGCUGCUCCCAGUCCUGGACUACCUUUUCUUGUAACUGCAGCAACACAAGUUACACCGGGGCCACCUGCCACAACUCCAUCUACGAGCAAUCCUGUGAGGUGUACAGACACCAGGGAAACACAGCUGGUUUCUUCUCCAUCGACUCGGAUGGCAGCGGGCCGCUGGGACCUCUCCAAGUAUACUGCAAUAUCACGGAGGACAAGAUCUGGACGUCGGUGCCUCACAACCGUACAGAGCUGACCCAUGUGCGGGGCGCCAACCCUGAGAAACCCUAUGCCGUGGCCUUGGACUACGCAGGCAGCAUGGAGCAGCUGGAGGCCGUGAUCGACAGCUCGGAGCACUGUGAGCAAGAGGUCGCCUACCACUGCCGGAGGUCCCGUCUGCUCAACACACCGGAUGGCACACCCUUCACCUGGUGGAUUGGGCGGUCCAAUGAACGGCACCCUUACUGGGGAGGGUCCCCCCCUGGGGUCCAGCAGUGCGAAUGCGGCCUGGACGAGCGUUGCCUGGACGUCCGAUACUUUUGCAACUGUGACGCUGACAAAGAUGAAUGGACAAACGAUACUGGCUUUCUUUCCUUCAAAGACCACUUGCCUGUCACUCAGAUAGUUAUCACUGACACCGACAGAUCAAACUCAGAAGCUGCUUGGAGAAUUGGUCCCUUGCGUUGCUAUGGUGACCGACACUUCUGGAAUGCUGUCUCAUUUUACACAGAAGCCUCUUACCUCCACUUUCCUACCUUCCAUGCGGAAUUCAGUGCCGAUAUUUCCUUCUUUUUUAAAACCACGGCUUUAUCGGGAGUUUUCCUAGAAAACCUUGGCAUUAAAGACUUCAUUCGACUCGAAAUGAGCUCUCCUACAGAGAUUACUUUUGCCAUCGACGUUGGGAAUGGCCCUGUAGAGCUCGUCGUCCAAUCCCCUUCUCUUCUGAACGACAACCAAUGGCAUUACGUCCGGGCCGAAAGGAACCUCAAGGAGACCUCCCUGCAGGUGGACAGCCUUCCAAGGAGCACCAGGGAGACAUCGGAGGAGGGGCAUUUCCGACUGCAACUGAACAGCCAGUUGUUUGUAGGGGGAACCUCAUCAAGACAGAAAGGCUUCCUAGGAUGCAUCCGCUCCUUACACUUGAAUGGGCAGAAACUGGACCUGGAGGAGAGGGCAAAGGUCACAUCUGGAGUGAGGCCAGGCUGCCCGGGCCAUUGCAGCAGCUACGGUGGCAUCUGUCACAACGGGGGCAAGUGUGUGGAGAAGCACAGCGGCUACUUAUGCGAUUGCACCAAUUCGCCUUAUGAAGGGCCCUUCUGCAAAAAAGAGGUUUCUGCGGUUUUUGAGAUGGGCACGUCGGUUACUUACAUGUUCCAAGAACCCUACCCUGUGACCAAGAAUGUCAGCCUCUCAUCAUCGGCUAUUUACACAGAGUCGGCUCCAACCAAGGAGAGCAUCGCACUUAGUUUUGUGACAGCCCAGGCCCCCAGUCUUUUGUUCUUUAUCAAUUCUUCUUCUCAGGACUUUCUGGCUGUUCUGCUCUGCAAGAAUGGAAGCUUACAAGUUCGCUAUCAGCUAAGCAAGGAAGAAUCCCAUGUAUUCACCAUUGAUGCCGAGAACUUUGCCAACAGAAGGAUGCACCACUUGGAAAUUAACCGAGAGGGAAGAGUGCUUACGAUUCAGAUGGAUCAGCAACUUCGACUCAGUUAUAACUUCUCCCCAGAAGUGGAGUUCAGGGUUAUAAGGUCACUCACCCUGGGCAAAGUCACAGAGAAUCUUGGCUUGGAUUCUGAAGUCACUAAGGCGAACACACUGGGCUUUGUUGGGUGCCUGUCUUCCGUUCAGUACAACCACAUAGCCCCUCUGAAGGCCGCCCUGCGCCAUGCGUCUGUCGCGCCUGUGACGGUCCACGGGACCUUGACGGAAUCCAGCUGUGGCUCCAUGGUGGACUCAGACCUGAAUGCGGUGACCACGGUGCACUCGUCCUCAGAUUCCUUUGGGAAGACAGAUGAACGGGAGCCACUCACCAAUGCAGUUCGAAGUGAUUCCGCAGUCAUUGGAGGGGUAAUCGCUGUGGUAAUAUUCAUCAUCUUUUGUAUCAUUGGCAUCAUGACCCGGUUUCUCUACCAGCACAAGCAGUCACACCGUACGAACCAGAUGAAGGAGAAGGAAUACCCAGACAAUAUGGACAGUUCCUUCAGAAAUGAUAUUGACUUACAAAACACAGUGAGCGAGUGUAAACGGGAAUAUUUCAUCUGAAAACUUCAGGGUCUCUCAUACUCUUUUUUCUUGUUGAGUUCUUUUCCUUCCUCUUUCUCCUGUCUUUUAAUUUUAGUCAUUGACUUUUCCUUGUUUGCUUGCCAUCUAAUUUUUGGGACAUACUUGCGUCCACCCCAGCAUCGAUCCCCUUGACCCAGCCCAGGAGACCAGGCAGCUGUGGCCACUGCCUUUCUCUCUGUCCAACCUGGUGUGGUCAAAACGACCACUCGAGAGGCUGUCUUCACUAUUCGAGACAAGGAAGAGACACGUGUGCACUCCUGCAUGCUCAGUUCUGUAUUUCCAGUUUCACACAUGCACUGUUCGGUGUUUGCAGCCGUUCGGUGUUGCGGUCUUGCUUUCAGCCUGAACUCUGUGACUUAGGUAUUCGUUCCUGACAUCCUUCCCCACCUGAAGUCUAUUCCUGCCAGGGGACCCAGGGCAGAGAGAGAAUAACCUACAGCCCAGUUUCCUCCAGUGGCAUGUAAAGGGAAUAAGAGAGGUUUGCUUUGUGUUUGUUUAAUUUCUGUAUCAUGGCAGUCCCCUUGUCCUGACUCAUCACCCUUUCCCCCUGUGAGUCUUAUCCCCUGAGCAUUUUCAAAUAUAUGAUUGCUGACAGUAGUGAGCAAAAUCACUUUUCUCCUUUCUUACCACUCUCUCCUGGGGCCGACACUCUGUGACAGCACACAAUAGCAUAAACCUAGGGGAAGCAUGGGUAUAGUAGCUUGAAACCAGGAGGUACAAAGACAGCUGCUAGGAAGUAGAUGUUUUAUAACUUCAAAAAUGUCUCCUCCUAUUUUGUAAGAAAUGCUAGCUAGGUUCCUGGGAUUAUUAUACUGAAAUAAAGAUAUAAAUAUAUACAUAUAUGUAAGUUGCUGCAGCAUAAAAAAAAUUCAGUAAAAGUCUAAAAUAGUACCUGGUUCAAUGAAAGAGCGUAUACCAUCUUAACCCAGCUUUAAGACAGAAACAGAAACAAAAAUGGGAAACAAAAAGAAAAAAACUGCAUGAAAGAUGAGAAAUAUCAAACAGAAUUCUUCUCUUCCAUCCGCUCACUAGAGAUCUAGCAAAGCAAGUAAAUUCAGGUUUGCAGGUUUCCGGUUUUCAAACAGACAUCUCGAAUCUACUUCUGUCCAUUGUGCUACUUUCUAAGAGGCACAGGAGACACUGAAGUCUGGGCCAUCCCACUCACCUCCAGCUGACUCACACUGCUUGGUUUAGAGGAGCACUUAGGUUCUGCCACACAUCACAUUUUAAAAUUUGCUCUACAUUAUGUGUCCAAAGACCCACCCACACACUCUUUUUUACGGCUUUAAACUCUUAAAAGAGGUGGUGACAAAUUUCAGGUUCUUGACCCCUUUUGGUAACAAAGCAUCAAAGACACACAGUCAUCCUUCAGGAAGGCAUCUGUGAGGUGGGGAUAAGAAUCGCAAUGAUUUUGCUGUAGCAGUAUGCCUAACUCUUUGCCUCUGAGCCACCUUGUGGAAAAAAAGUAAGAGGAAAACAAUAAAAAAUGCUCCAGGAUGCCAGAAAUGCCAAUAUAAUGAUCCGCGGAUGUGGAAAUAUUUGCUGAUUCUCUUUACAAGACAGACUCUAUUUGGCAAACAGUGACCACGUGUCUUUUCUCCUGCCUUGACAGGUGGCAGACAUUCACUCCAUCUUGUUCUUGGUGUGUCUCUUGCCUCUGGUUAUUUGACACUGCCCUGUAGGAAAAAGCUCGCAGUGAGGGACUUACUACCUGCAUUCCAUUCCAAGUCCUUGGCUCUUUCUGUUUCAGAGCUUGAGGGGUAAGGAUUUAGUUUGCAAUUAUAUUUCUCAACUUUAAGUUGUUGUUCUAAAUACACAUAUCUCCUUAAAAUUAUCUGUGAACUUCUAGUUGAUUACUUCAUCAUUUCCCAUUAUAUGCUUCUGCUAGUAAAUAUAAAGUGAUUCUAACACAAAUACUUGCUUUUCCUUCCAGCUUUAAUAAGAUGAAUGAUUCUUUAAUAGGAUGAAAUAUCUUUAAAAACUGUUUUCUCCUGCCCUUUCCUCCCCUUUCUUCAAUUUUCACUUCUGAAUUUUCUAUUUCCAUAAAAAGACUGUAUAAAUCAGCCUAUUGCCGGGCUACAUAUUGCUUUGUCCAAUGAAAUAAAAGUCACCAUGAAGAGCAGUGGAUUUAACCCUAAGCAUCUCCAGUAAUGAAAUGGAAAGGAAAAGGGAGGUGUGAACAAUAAAGCUGAGACUCUUCAUUAUUCAGGUCUUUGAGAAGCGAGGACUGUAUUUUUGCUGACACAGUGCUGAUCGAAGAAAUGGAGGACUAGCAAAGGCUAACUCAGAGCAUUUGAUUUUUCUCAUCUACUUAUAUAUGCUUGUAGAUCAUCCCGUAGGGUGAGGAAUUUGUGACACUCCAUCCUUACCUGACCGUACUACAAAAUCCACUGGCGUCCUGUCCACGUGGGUAGACUAGUUAUACGCAUACACUAUGUACCAUGCACCCAAAUAUGAAUGCCAAGAUGGUGCACUCUGCACAUCACUCUUAUAAGUAGAUUCUCAGGGCUAAAUGAGAAUUAUUUUUACAGGGUUGGAUUAUGUAAUAACCCCAGAGAACACUCUUUCUAGAUGUAUAUAAAAUGCAAGCAAGCUGCAUCCUCCAAAGCAGAUACAAUUCACAGGUAGAAAUAAGUGCUAACUCUGCCUUCUUUCCUCAGCGGCACCAAGAUCCACAUCAUUUUAUGCAAUUGUUUAAUUGUGUGUUACAAUCCUGGAGAAAUUAGAGUCUCAAAACCCGUCUUUGAAAGCCUUCUAGUAUCCCUUUAACCCUCUUUUUUCACAUCCACGUUUAGGUUUUCCAACUGCAUGCUCUGGCCAACUGGACCACCCUCAUCUUCUCCGCUUUAACCCUCAGUCUUUGGUAGCUGCUGUUUACAGAAAAAGAGUUUAUGGAAUAUGCUUACUUUACAGUAAAACCAAAAAUAUCUGUGCAGUUACGUAAUUCUAAGGGAGCUGUUUCAUUGACAUUAUUUUCACCAAACACAUCUACUUAUGUAAGCAACGGUAUAUUUACCCGCCCCAAAAUGUAUUUAACACCCACUGCAACCUUUAUUGUAUGUAUAGACCCAAUUGCCACGGUUUCUAUGAGAAUUUGUGUAGAGAAAUAGACAUUUGUCAUUUCUCUAGAUAUUCUUUUAUGAAUAGUUUAGCCUCUUCCAUUCACUCUUUUUUAAAAUUUUAUUUUUAAAAUGUGGGGCACAAAUGAGGGUUCGGUACAUAUCUAUUCACUCUUAACUGCACAACGAAAGAUUUAUUUUAAGGAUCUGGGACUGAUUUUUUAAAAACAAUGUUUGUUCUCUUUUGGAAUAGCAGAGAUGGUACUAACCUGACUUAUGCCUUUUGUCAGACCCUUGCCCACUACAUUGUAGCAAGAGCAGGACCAGAACAGCAACACAAAAGGGAGUUAUUUUCUUCUUUCUUUAUUCAUUCAUGAAGUAUUUACUGAAUGCCCAGUACUCAAAGUGUGCUAGGCAUCGCGUGUAUAAAUAUAAAUUACCCAUCAUUCUUAGUCUUGGGGCACUCAAAGUCUUCAGACGAAGCAUAUAUUGGGACAGGGCUAUGCAUAAAGUGCUCUAGAGUGUAGUGUUGAGGUCCUGCACAGUUAUUCUUGUAAAACAUUUGCUAGAGACGGAAAGAAACAGAUAAAUUUCAAGGAGGUACUUAUCAUUGUGUUUCUCAUUUGUUUCUUCCUUCUUCAAUAAGCUGUUUUCUUUCUCCUCCUCCAAGCAAAUAUCCAUGUGUGCAGCUAAAUUUCUGCAGAAGGAAAUGGCUUGACUCUAGGGACAGAAAGAAUACAUAGUUCCUAUUUCUGCCGUAUUUUGGGGGAGGCUGAAUCUUUACAUUUUUGUUUUGGUUCUGGUUGGGAGCUCUUCCUUUCCAUGAUCCAGACCUAAGGGAAGACUUUGGAUCCUAUUUGUAGCAGGAAACAAUUUCCACUUUACCGCCUCUCUUUCUCUUUUUCAGUUCUGUCACUGUCAUCUGUUUAUGAACUUUUGCAUGCCGUUGGUCUUUCAAACAUUCCUUAAGGUGGUUUUCUUGACUACAGUUCUUCCUAAAGCCCACCUUUGUACUAAUGAACCAUUCUGGUUCAGGAAAAUCUCUGAGAACUAGAUGACAUCUAUCCUGGAGUCAAUAAAUGACCUAAAAGUAUUUUCCAUCUCUGUAAGGUCUUGCCUCUAAUGCCUGGGUGAAAUUAUACCUUCCCCCUCUGUUGGAUUUAAUUUAAUUCAAGAAGGUCUGCUGGGAAGUAGCAAGCAGAGUCAUCUUCUUCAAGAUAUUCAGGGAUAGGGAUCAGGCUUGUUGAAUUUUUUCUUAUAAAAAGUCUUGACAGUUUGCUCACCAAUUGCCUUGGUUUUCUCGGAAUACCCGCAUAGCUACAAUUCAUCAAAAACCUCAUUGCAACACCAGCCUGCCAAAAGGCUUUUAGGAUAUCUGUAAGUUCUGUCCCUCAUUCUUCCUUCACCUAAAGACUUGGACACACUUAGUCCUCCAUGGUCCUACAAGUCAUGUGUGGGCUAAAUAGAUAAAUUGGCUUUGUUGUUCCUGCAGAUGACAAAGGUGUUUAGUGGAGGAAGGUUCAGGAAAAUUCAAAGCAUUCAGCAUAGUAGAAGGAUAACUGAGUGCUAUUUCAUGUCUCUCAUGCAGUUUGAACAUGUUUUCUUUAAAAGACACACAGUGUAACUGAAUUACUUCCACAUACUGUUUGUGAGCCUUUCUUGACCUCUACUCCCAUCCCCUCAACUCUCUUCCUUGUUGAGUCAUCUAGUUUGCAGAUUUUGCUUGUCCCUAGUUCUCAGCUCUGUGUUCACAAAUUCCAAAAAGUUGAACCACCUAAAGGGGAAAAAGUGCAACUCACACGCACACACAUGCACAUUUUGUAAAAAUAGGGCUGUUAUUCAACCUUUCUCUAGAAAAUUCUACAUACACAAGUGUUUGGUAGGGAGAGAAGCAUUUCUUUCUUGUAUUGACAAUUAUUUGAAUCUUUCAUAUAAAGUUUUAAUAGUUAACUGGUUUGCUACUUUUGAGUGAUUCUUUUCUCUUUUUUUGCACUAAGGUACUCUGAGGAAGGACAGAAAAGCACAUUUUCUAGUGAAAUAUUGUACUUUGUAAGCUAGUUGUCUGUCUUUUGUAACAUUUAUAGUCUACAAAGUGGCUGAGCAGACAUGAAGAAGUAUGAACGCAAAAGUCUGUUUUGGUGUUUCCACCACACCUGCUGGGCACAUGUCAAGGAGAAAGAGGGAUUGUAGCAGCAAUUGCUAGACGUCUGUGGUGAGGGAGGUCAUUGCUUCCGCCACGAGUCAGUGGCAGUGGUCUUCCCACUUUUCUGGCUCCUGACUCAGGAGUCACUUUAGUGCAUUUGGAUCAUUGUCUUACACAUUAGGGAAAGAGGCAAUAUCAUGGGCUUUGCAUGGAUGAUUCUUUACUCACCUUUGUAUGAUAUUUUUGACCCUUCCUAGCUCUAAUCCAAUUACUUUUUUUUUUUAAUUUUUUUUUUUUUUACUUCAUAAAUAUUUUCCCAGAGUGCUUUAGAGCUAUCUCUACAAACAUCUAACCUGCGCAGGUUAAGCACCCAGAUGCAGUUUUAAAAGAAAAAAGAAAAGAAAUUGUUAGAAAACUCCAUAGGUUCACUAUCUGUAAUCAUAACCCCUAUGUGACGAGUUCCUGAGAUACUGGAAUCAAUCAGCCAUCUUUCCUCUUCACUGGCCUAACAUCCAUAGGCCUUAGCAAGAAGAUCUGAUACUAUCUAGCCUAGACAGUGUAUGCUGCAAGGGACUUGCCAUCUAACGCUAUCUAGGAACACUCUCUCAAUCCUCCAUGGUGACACAUAGAAACCCUUUAUAAAACAGCAGGGCAAAAUUAGGAGCAUCGUCUGAGGCCAGGAACAAAGGUGAAGGUAGUUGUGUUAGUGAUUAAAGUUUGAUCUCAUUUUCACAGCCUUACAUGCUUCUGAUACCAGAAAUAUCCUCCAAGAGCAUUAAAAAGGCAUUAGAUCUGCAACAGAAACAUUGCAUUACCCUGCAGACUCUUUGAAUCAACUCAAAGGGAAACUUAAUGGUAAAUUUCUUGGUCAUACUUUCACAAUGAAAUCAACCCCUAUCCCAAAGAUUUUCCAUGAAAUAUCCACACAGUCACUUUUCUUUGAAUGGCACUAUCAACCUGUGGUAGGAAGGCAGUCACAUAUAAAUGAAUACACAUUUCCAUGUUCCAAUAACAGUUUAUUUGUAAAAACAGAUUUGAUACAUGGGCUCUAUUUGGUCAAUCCCCAAAAUAGAACAUUACUUACACUGCCCAUUUCAGAUGAAAAAUUAGUCCUCCUAUGGCAUGUUCAGGCCCUCCUUUGUGAGAAAGGAGAAAGAGCAGGAAGACUACUUUUAAAAGGUAAAGAAUAAAAUGCCAAAUGACUUUCCCCCCAAAAUAUACAUAUGUCAAACUCUUUAUUAUGAUAAAAGCACAAAACAGGUCAUCUCCUUUGUGGAUCUGCUGGAGUCUAAUUUUUUCUUUUUGAUCUUUGAUUUUUGUUCCCCAAACAAAAUCCCAAGUGAUGUUGCCUCAUUCCAAGUCAGUUUUGUAGACCAUGUAACAUGUCUUAAUACACUGUAUGGGAAAAAUAAAAGUUAGCCUUAGAUUUCUUUGUUUUCUAUGGUUAUUGUUGUACAGAAGAAAGACUUAAACUGUAAAUAAUGUAUAUUUAAUAAAGAGAAAAUUUUGUAUGAUUUUGUGUGAAAGACAAA